GACUGGGCCGCUGCUGCCGAAGUGACUCCCGGGCGGGGGAGCGGGGCCAGACCUGCGCCAAAGGGAACUGCAGAGAGCUGCAGCUCAGCGGGGAGCUUGUGUGGGGGAGGGGAGGCAGCUUUUCCGCCUCUCCUUCCUGCCCUGUAGACCGGCGGAUCCCGGGAGCCGGUGCGAGGUGCGUCCCCGGAGCGGGGAGGCCAGGCCGGGCAGCCCUGGGGCCGGUCAGGGCGGCGUCACUUCACCCUCCGCCAGGCCCCGCGGUAUGCACCGUGGGAGCCGAGGGCGGAGGCGACACACUCAGGUAAAUUGGCAGGAUGUGGAGCAACAAAUCAAAAGAGGUGCCUUUAUCAAAUCCAAGGAACUCUCAAAGCAAGGAUACUGUUCAAGCACAUACAACCACAUCGUGGGAUGCACUUUCUCAGACCAAGGCUGCUCUGAGACACAUUGAAAACAAAUUAGAAGUAGUCCCUACAAGCACAGCUGUGUUUGAUUCUCUCAUGGAUACCAAGAAACCUUCUGCAAAUGCAACCCGAAAAAUAAGUCGAAAAGAUGGUAGAUAUCUUGAUGAUUCUUGGGUUAAUGCUUCAACCUCCAAAUCUUCUAAAUCACGAAAAGAGAAAUCUCGUAGUCCUCUCAGAGCUACCACCCUGGAGAGUAAUGUGAAGAAAAAUAAUCGCGUGGAAUUUCGUGAACCCUUGGUUUCUUAUAGGGAAAUCCACGGCACACCUUCUAAUUUAAGUCCCAACCAUCUGGAGUCAAAGCAUAUAUAUUGUAUGGAUAUUAAUGGAGUUGAAGAAAAGGCUGAGAGUGGGGACCGGAUGAUAUGCAAUCGAGAAGAAAGGAGUAUAGGUUGCUGUGAUUUUGAGAGCUCCCAAUCAUCUGUCAUAAAUGAUACACUUGUUAGGUUUUUAAAUGAUCGACCAGCAAUUGACGCGUUACAGCAUUCUGAAUGUUUGAUUAAGAUGGGAGCUCCUAUGAGAACUGAGGAAGAAAAGCCUAAUAGAGCAAAAGGAAAUGAGAACAGUUUAAAGACUUCAGUGAAUAACAUUAGCCAUGAUAUUGAUCCAGAAGUGUUAAGGAUAGCUGACUCUUCUCCAUCCUCUACUAGUACUUCCAAUUCCCAAAGAUUAGAUAUUUUAAAGCGGCGACAGCAUGAUGUCAAACUGGAAAAACUCAAGGAGCGGAUUAGGAAACAGUGGGAACACUCAGAAGAAACAAAUGGCCGGGCGCAGAAUCUGGGUCCUAUUGACCAUCCUGUGAUGGUAGUCAAUGUUGACAGCUCAGUGACAGCAAAAGUCAGGAAAGUGGCAACAGCGCCACCUGCUCCAACAUAUAAAGGUUUCAACCCUUCAGAGACCAAGAUUCGAACACCUGAUGGGAAAGUUUGGCAGGAGGCUGAGUUUCAAAACAUGAGUAGAGAACUGUAUGGAGACUUAGCACUUCACUUUGCAGAUGAUAUCUCUAUAAAAGAAAAACCUGCUGAAAAAAGUAAAGAAAAGAAAGCAGUCAAGCCUGUACGAAAAGUCCAAAAAGUAAUGCAGUUAUCAAAUACAGAAUGUAAAACAGGUAGUAGUCAUCUGAUAAGUACAUCUUCUUGGCGAGAUGGACAAAAAUUAGUAAAGAAGAUUCUGGGACCUGCACCCAGAAUGGAGCAAAAGGAGCGAAGAACAGCAUCAAGUGACAGAAGUAGAAGAGAAAGAACUUCUAAAUCUGGGGGACAUCUUGGAAGAGCAGAAUCUGAUCCCAGGUUGGAUAUUUCACAUAGACGCCUUCCACUAAGCUCAGAACGUUCAAGAAGUAGAACUCGGUCUGAAAAUAAUGUAAAGAAAUCAGUUCCAUCCCUUCCAGAUAAUAAACAGGAAGAAGAUACUGCCUUAAAUAAGGACUUUUUGCCUGUUGCAAUUCGUGGAAUUCUUGAUGACCUCCAGCUGGAUUCUGAAACUCAAACUGCAAUGCAAGAAACUGAAGAACUACAGAAUCAGAAAGCAUUAGCACUAGUCCAAGCUCCUAGGAGUCAUAGUCCAGUAAAAAGAAAACCUGACAAAAUAACAGCUAAUGAAGAGCCCCCUGUUAUUUCCAAAAAGCGCCACUAUGACACAGAUGAGGUACGACAGUACAUUGUUAGACAGCAGGAGGAGAGGAAGAAGAAGCAAAAUGAAGAAAAGAAGGCUCAAAAGGAGGCCACUGAACAGAAGAAUAAACGAUUACAGGAGCUCUACCGAAAACAGAAGGAGGCCUUUAGUAAAGUAAAAAAUGUGCCUCCUUCUGAGCCAUCAGCAACUAGGCGACUACGGGAAACUUAUUCCAAAUUACUAUUAGAAAAGACCUUGCUUGAAGAGCCACCCCAGCAACAUGUUAUACAGGAAACACAGGCCAGACCAGGGUAUCAGCCAUCUGGAGAAUCUGACAAAGAAAACAAAGUACAGGAACGCCCCCCAAGUGCAUCUUCCAGUAGUGACAUAUCUCUGUCAGAACCUCCGCAGCCUCUUGCAAGAACGCACUUGAGGGAACCUACAUGGGUGCAGCCUGACAGAUUGAGCCCACGAGUCCAAGAUUCUCAGCACCUUGCUGGAACAGCUGGAAAUUUACUCUCUCAUCUCUUGAGUCUAGAGCGUGUAGGAAUUUUGCAUAAGGAUUUUGAAUCUAUUUUACCCACCAGGAAGAAUCAUAAUACGGCUUCAGGGCCAUUAACUUUUACACCUCAUCCAUACCUGACCUCACCAGCUGCUCAUCCAGAUGCCUUGUUAAAACCUAGUGCCAGCCAAUAUAAGAAUAAACUGGAUCGUAUUGAAGCCUUGAAAGCAACAGCUGCUUCUUUGUCCAGCAGGAUUGAAAGUGAAGCCAAGAAAUUAGCUGGGGCCAACAUUAAUUAUGGGUCAGUAUGGAAUACUGAGUAUAAUGUACAGCAAGCAUCCCAAGAAGAUGGACCUUGGACUAAGGCUAUAAGUCCACCUGUGAAAGAGGAUACUGAAGAUGUUUUCUCUGCCCGAAUUCAAAAGAUGCUGGGAACCUGUGUACCUCAUGCAACUUUUGAUGAUGAUCUUCCUGGUGUAGGCAACCUUAGUGAAUUUAAAAAGCUUCCUGAGAUGAUCAGACCUCAUAGUGCCAUAUCAAGUUUCAGACUGAGAUCACCAGGCCCCAAAACAGAAGGGCUACUGGCACAAUUGUGUAAGAGGCAGACUGACUCUUCUAGCUCUGAUAUGCAAGCCAGUUCUCAAGACAAAGCCAAGAUGUCACUUGGUUCUAGCACAGAUUCAGUCAGUGAAGGGCCUCUUCUUAGUGAGGGGAGUCUCUCUGAAGAAGAGGGAGGCCGGAAUGGGCAGCCCAUUUUGAAGGUAGCAGAAAUCUUAAAAGAAGAGGAAUUUUGUGCUAGAGAAAGAAAUACUUAUGAACCCAUCAAAGAGUUUCAAAAGGAGGCUGAAAAAUUCUUGCCACUUUUUGGGCACGUAGGUGAUACACAAAGCAAAGGACCGUGGGAAGAAUUGGCAAAGGGAAGUCCACAUAGUGUCAUUAAUAUUUUUACAAAAUCAUAUCAGUUAUAUGGCAAAGGAUUUGAAGACAGGUUGGAAAGAGAAGCAACAGCAUCACGACCUUUGAACACCAUCACAACCCCUCUAAGCAGUAUUUCAUAUGAAGAUGAUUUUGUCUCCUCUCCAGGGAGUGGGACUUUGACAGAAAAAAAAUCAACUCUUGAACCGAAUAUUGAUGGUGGCAGUCUAGGCAUUCAGGAGGAGCAUUCUAGCAGAAAGUCUGCCUUUGAUUUUCCCUCUGUGGAUGUUACCUCCCAGCAUUCAGUGGGGGCCCAGUCUGCUGCAUCUUCUCAUUCAUCUACUUCUUCUAAGGGAAAGAAAGGAAAAAAAGAAAAGAUAGAAUGGUUGGAUCCACUUGUAGGAAAUGUUCAGAACACUCUUCUUGAUGAGGAAAAAGCACAGUCUGGCUCAGAACAUGGCUCACAUCAAGCGAAGAAAUCUGGGACCAGUGGUAAACUUAAAGAUUAUGAGCAGACUCUUGAUACUGAUAGCACUUUAGAGGAUCUUUCUGGUUGUUCUGUAAGUGUUUCUUCAGACAAGGGAACAUCUCAGAAAACUCCAACUUCACCCCUAUCUCCAAGUUCCCAGAAAUUUUUACAGUUUGACCUUCCAGGAACUUCACUGGAAAGGACGAAGUCGUUUCCAGCCACAGCAGGUUAUAAACCUAAUGCAGCUUUCACUGAUACCAACCUAGCUUCCAGCCGAACAGCUAAAGAGAUGGCUUCUACACCAGGUUCUAAGCGCUUUUCUCCUGCUGGCCUCCAGCACCGUAUGGCAGCAGAACUCAGUUAUUUGAGCGCCAUUGAGGAAUCAGUUCGCCAACUGUCAGAUGUAGAAAGAGUUCGAGGCAUUUCACUUGCUCAGCAAGAGAGUGUGUCUCUGGCUCAGAUUAUAAAGGCACAGCAGCAACGCCAUGAAAGAGACUUGGCCCUUUUGAAAUUGAAGGCUGAACAAGAGGCUCUGGAGAGUCAGAGACAAUUAAAAGAAACACGAAACAAAGUAGCUCAGGUCCAUGCAGAAUCCUUACAGCAGGUGGUUAAAUCACAACGGGAAGUAACCGAAGUCCUGCAGGAGGCAACAUGUAAAAUAGCAGCUCAGCAAACAGACACAGCUCGCCUCACCACAGAUGCAGCACGUCAAAUCUGUGAGAUGGCAGAGUUGACUCGAACCCACAUCUCUGAUGCCAUUGCUGCUUCAGGAGUUCCUGUAGCAGCACUAUAUGACCACCAGCGGAAACAUCCUCCAGACUUCUUGAAACAACUGAGGACCAGAGCUGAAACAGAUAGGAAAAAUGAAUCUGUUUUACUCUCUCAGAGUAAAGAAGGGAGCCUUGACUCAAAGUGUCAGAAGUAUUCCCUUUCAUAUGAUAGUUAUUCUGAGUCUUCACGGAACAAGAAUCAUAAUCGAAGUAUUUUCUUUAUGCAGUGGUCUGGAACCACACCUGCAAUAUCUUCAAGAAGUAGUAGUGGUAGCAGUCGUCAAGAAAGUCCUUCAGUUCUAUCUUCUAAGGAAAAUGAGAAGCAACUUCUUCAUGUUGUAAAGAUGGAAAGUUCUAUUGAUGAACAAGUUCAGACUGCUGCAGAUGAUUCUCUACAAAGUGAUAGCAUUCCAUCUCUUCCCGAUGAGAAAGAUUCAACUUCUAUUGCAACAGAAUAUUCUCUAAAAUUUGAUGAAUCUUUGACAGAAGAUGAAAUAGAAGAAAGAUCAUUUAGAUCUUUACUGCCUUCGGAGAGUCAUCGCAGAUUCAACAUGGAAAAGAAAAGAGGCCAUCAUGAUGAUUCAGAUGAAGAGGCAUCCCCAGAAAAGACCACACUGUCUUCUGUCAAGGAACUGAACAUGCCAUUCUCAGGAGGACAGGAUAGCUUCUCUAAAUUUACUAUGGAGAUGGUUCGACAGUAUAUGAAAGAAGAGGAAAUGCGAGCGGCUCACCAAUCUUCACUCCUGCGUCUCCGUGAAAAGGCUUUAAAGGAGAAAACUAAGGCUGAAUUAGCCUGGCUAGAGCAUCAAAAAAAACAUUUACGAGACAAAGGAGAAGAUGAUAAAAUGCCCCCACUUCGGAAGAAACAGCGUGGUUUGCUCUUAAGGUUGCAGCAAGAAAAGGCAGAAAUUAAACGUCUACAAGAAGCCAAUAAGGCAGCUCGGAAGGAAAGACAACUGAUUCUUAAACAGCAGGAAGAGAUAGAAAGGAUCCGACAGAGUACCAUAAAACUGCAGGAGAAGUUGAAGUCUGCAGGGGAGAAUAAAUUGGACUCUAAUAAUGAUGUUGAUACAAAGGAGAAUAAGGCAGUGAGUCCUGGUCCGGUUGACUUGGAGACUCGCAGUCCUUCUCCAAUUUCAAUCUCCAGCAGUGAAACAAGCAGCAUUAUGCAGAAACUCAAGAAAAUGAGAAGCCGCAUGGAUGAAAAACACUGCUCUCCUGUUCACUACUUCUUCUCUGUCUUUACGUCUCACCACUGGGCCUCUCUCAGUGUCUGUUUUCCCAACCUUCAUCCCAAAUUCCAGCUGUAUAUCUACAACCAGUUGGUCAGAUUUCUGACAAAACGAGAACAAAAACUAAUGCAACGGCGACAACAUGCAGAAGAGCUACUAGAGUGGAAGCGACGUUUAGAUGCAGAGGAAGCAGAGAUUCGUCAAAUGGAAAAACAAGCUUUGGCUGCCUGGGACAAAGAAUUAAUAAGAUCUAAAACCCCUAAGAAAGAACUGGAGGACCAGAGGACAGAACAGAAAGAAAUAGCCAGUGAAGAGGAAUCUCCAUUGCCUUCCUACUCUCAUCUAAACAGUGAAAGCUCUAUUCCAGAAGAAUUGGGCAGCCCUGCUGUUGAAUAUGUACCAUCUGAGCCUACAGUUCAGGAGCAUCCAGGGAGUCCAGAUCGCAGUAUACUUACUGAAGAAAUGGUUUUUUCACAGGAACUGGAAUCUUCUACCUCUCCUAGUAAACAUUCACCUUCCAAAAGCUGCACAUCUGUGUCAAAACAGGAGUCUAGCAAAGGAAGUCACAGGACUGAAGGACAUUGUCAUCAACCUAUUAAGACCCAUCAGCACUGUUAUAGUUGGUCAGAUGAAUCACUAUCUGUGACACAGUCAGAAACUACAUCUGACCAGAGUGACAUUGAAGGCAGGAUCAGAGCUCUGAAGGAUGAACUGCGAAAAAGAAAAUCAGUUGUGGACCAGUUGAAGAAGGAACAGAAAAAAAGGCAAAAGGAAAGACUGAAAGCUCAAGAAGCCAGUCUGAUCAAACAGUUAGAGUCAUAUGAUGAAUUCAUUAAGAAAACUGAAGCAGAGCUUAGCCGUGAUUUGGAAACAUCACCAACAGCCAAGCCUCAGAUUAAAACGCUCUCCUCAUCUUCUGAAAAACCCAAGAUCAAGCCCCUACCACUACACAGAUCUGAAACAGCAAAGAAUUGGAAAUCACUAACAGAGUCAGAACAUUCCAGAGGAUCCCUAGAGUCUAUUGCUGAACAUGUUGAUGCUGUAUUGUCAGGGUCUGAGAGAUCUGUAUCAGAAAGGUCUCUAUCUGCCUAUGCAAAGAGAGUGAUUGAAUUGGACAGUCGAACAGAAGAGCAUUUUCAGACCCUAUCUCCAACUCUUAGAUCAUCAAGGAAAACCAAGGCAGAAUCUGGAGAUUCUCUAGAAAACGUACCUUCCUUACCUCUUCUCAAAGAAUUAACUGUCCCUAAUAGAAUUCUUGAUGUGUCAGGAGCUAAGAUUAAAGAAGAAUCUAGUCAAAAAUCAGAAAUACAAGAAGAGGUAAAAUAUGCAAAAUUAGAGGAGAGUGAGAUUGAAGAUGCCUGUUCUCAACAAUCUGGGAAAUCUGAUGCCUUACUGAAACUAGACCUGGAACAGGGUGAUUCAUCUGAAAUUCUUUCAAAGAAAACUCUUCCUUUAGAUUCUGUAAAUGUUCAGAAAGAUUUAGUUAGAUUAGCCAUUGAAAAUCUUCAUAAAAAAGAGGAAAUGUUGAAAGAGAGACAGUCAGAUGAAGAUAUGGCUCAUAGUCCAAACUUUGAAUCAGCAAGUGACAUUCAUGAACAAAAGAACACAAAGGAAAGGGAGUCAUCUUUAUUAGAACAUCUGUCUGCUCCUAAAGAGGUAUCAUACUCGGAAGAUUUUGAAGUGUCUUUUCUCAAGAAAAAAAUUCCAGCUGAGUUGUACAAAGAUGACUUUGAGGUAUCAUCUUUGUUGUCUCUCAGCAAAGACUCUCAGUCUUGCAGAGAUAAGUCACAGCCAGUGAAGAGUUCUAGAAGUAGAGCCACUAGCUUUGGUAGUGAUGAUGAAAUUAGUGAGUGCCUAAGUGAGCCAAGCCUUUCCAUUCAUAGCAGUGUCCACUCUGAAAGGUUGUUAGAACUCAAGUCUCCUACCGAGCUUAUGAAAAGUAAAGAGCGCAGUGAUGUAGAGCAUGAAGAGGGAGUUACUGAAUCACCUUCCUUGGUUUCAGGUUCUAUUGCAGACAAGUUACUUGAUUUCCACAUUGGUGACAGGGUGUUAAUUGGCAGUGUUCAGCCAGGAACUCUUCGAUUCAAAGGUGUGACUGGUUUUGCUAAAGGAUUUUGGGCUGGAGUGGAGUUGGAUAAACCUGAAGGAAAUAACAAUGGAACAUAUGAUGGCAUUGUAUAUUUUGAAUGCAAAGAGAAGCAUGGAAUUUUUGCUCCUCCUCAAAAAAUAUCUCACAUUCCAGAAAACUUUGAAGACUAUAUAGACAUAAAUGAAGAUGAAGACUCUUACUUAGAUGAACAAUAUUGUCAGUAUUAUAAUCAAGAACAAAAAGACACAGAGGGUCCCAAGUCUGAUGGAGAAAAGGAUGCUAUUGAAUAUUUUUAUGAAAAAUCUCUAUCUAGUGUGCACAAUAGAGAAACCUCAGUUGACAGAAGCCUUAAAAUAGAAACAGACAAUAUACAAGACAUUUCUGAAGCACUUGAAGCUUGCAUUCACGAGGAAUCUUCAGUGGAUUCACUAAUUUCUUCUUCAAAGGAAAACAAAGAUCUUGUUUCUGGUGCCAUAGAAAAGAUUUCCACUGCUGUAGAAGAUGAUACUUUAGAUAAUACCUUUUCAGAAGAGUUGAAAAACCAGCAGUUUACUGAAAAGGAAGAGAACCUAUGUUCAGAAAUUUCAGAAAAACUUUCUACCCCACUUCUGGACCUUUUAACAAAAGAGAAGAACCAAUUGGAAGCCCAGCCGAGGUCACCACUACAUGAAGAAAAAAAAUCAAAGCCACAACUGGAAGCAGUCAGCUUACUGACAGAUAGUUUACUGAAAGUCUUUGUGAAGGAUACAGUCAGUCAAUUGCAACAAAUCAAAAAAGCUAGGAAUGAGAAAAUCCACCUUAGCAAUCAGGAGCUUCUUGUUGAUAACAAAAAGAAAGGACCAUCCCAAGGCCUAUCUCAAAAUCUUGAGAAGCAAUCACCAACUGGUCCAAGUUGCCUCUUAAGGCCUGAAUUAGAAGAUGAAAAAGAAGAGAUUUCCUCUCCAGAUCUGUGCUCCAGAUCUGAGAGCCCAGUGUUUGGUGCCAGUGGGCAGGAAGAGCUUGCUAAGAGACUUGCUGAACUUGAGAUCAGUCGGGAGUUCCUGAGCGUGUUAGGAGAUGAUCAAGAUUGGUUUGAUGAGGACUUUGGCUUGAGCUCCUCUCACAAGGUCCAAAAAAGUAAGGCAGAAGAGACAAUUGUACCUCUAAUGGCAGAAUCUAAAAAAGCUCCCCAAAAGUCAUGUGAAACAUUAUUGGCAGUCCCACAUACUGCAGAGGAAGUAGAAAUUCUUGUACAUGAUGCUGCAGAAGAACUUUGGAAAUGGAAAGAAUUAGGUCAUGAUCUUCAUAGCAUCAAUAUUCCUACAAAACUGCUUGGCUGUGUCAGUAAGAGUCAAGAUAUAGAAAGCACUAGUAAAAGGGUCUACAAACAGGCGGUUUUUGAUUUAACAAAAGAGAUUUUUGAGGAAAUAUUUGCUGAGGAUCCCAACUUGAAUCAGCCUGUCUGGAUGAAGCCAUGUAGAAUCAGCUCUACUUAUUUCCGAAGAGUGAAAAAUCCCAAUGACCUUGAUGAAAUCAAGAACUUCAUAACAACUGAAGUACUCAAGUUGUUCAGUCUUAAAAAGGAGCCAAACCACAAAACAGAUUGGCAGAAAAUGAUGAAAUUUGGAAGAAAGAAAAGAGACCGAGUGGAUCAUAUCCUGGUACAGGAACUCCAUGAAGAAGAGGCACAAUGGGUGAACUAUGAUGAGGAUGAGUUGUGUGUGAAGAUGCAGCUGGCUGAUGGCAUCUUUGAGACCUUGAUCAGAGAUACUAUUGAUGUUCUGAAUCAGAUCAGUGAAAAACAGGGGAGAAUGCUACUUGUGUGACACCUUGCAAAUAAAUCGAACACUGAGUGUUAAUAUGAGUCCUGGGCCUUUCUGCCUCCUGAUAUGCACCCCAUCUCCGUCAUAGCAGGAGUGCUUCUGGACCUUGUACCUGUUUAAGACUGCUGGCUUGUCAUUCAUGGGACAAUCUGGUAUAUCUGGUAUUACAGCCUUUGCCUUUAGAGACUGCACUCUGGAUUAAUUCUUUUUGGUUGCACUCCUGAUGUUGACACAAAGUAUAACACUACACCUCCUGUUGGCACCCCUGCCUGGUCUCAGAUGAGGGCUGAAAACACCAGACUUACCUCUUAGCUUAGACUAGGGUAUCACUUCCUCAAGUCUGAAGUCAGGCAAGAGAGCUAUAUCGACAUAUGCAUCAUAUCAUUUUCAAAAUGUAUUGCUAGCCUAUACCAUUAAAGUCAAAGUGGACAUUAUAGUCUCUAAACAGUAUUAAGCUCUUAACCACUUCUAAAUAGGCAAGUUUAAUAAUGUGUGCCUAUUUCACCUUCUGGGGUUCAUUUCAUUUCUUUCUGAAGACCAUUUUCUUCCAUUAGUGCAGUUUAGCAGCAACAAAUGGACUGUCAAGUUAACAGAAGUAAAUGGUAGCCUUGCAUUCUAAGCACCAUGUAAAGAAUUUCAAACCUUUGCAUUAUUUUCAGUUUUCUCAGUAUGGGCAUAAAAAAAAAGAAAUGCCCCUGCUGAAGUCUGGGCUCAAAGGACUGACGCAGGGCUGGUUCUUCCAUCCCUUGUUUUACCCCUGCACUUUUCUUACUCAUUCUGAACCUUUACCAGCUGCUCCCAGAAUCACGGAAACUCAGGACCAUCUCAGGCAUCCAGGCAUGGCAAAAGUGGAAAUAAUUCAUUUUGGCCUUCAAACCUUCAACUCCCAUCUCUACCCAAGAAAUCAGAGACGCUUUUACUUGAAUGAUGUAGGAAAUGAGUGUGUGCACCAAAGACAAAAAGAUAUUGUCUAUUGUUUGUGUGCUUGUUUUGCGCUUAUGGACCAUUUUGUAAUUUAUUUUAAGAUAGAUUAUUAAGUUGAAAUGUGUGUCCCUAUUCAGAAGUCAAGGAUUCUUCUUGUUAUAGUUAAAGUUUUGUCUUGAAGCUUUGAUGGUUCAUACUCUUUGCACAGGAAACAUGGUUUGAACAAGCCCAUACAUAUAUCAAAGAAGUUAGUUUAAUUCAGUGAAAAGAAGAUGAGCUUUUCCAACUCCACGUGCAGUAGCAGGAAUAGAAUAAAAUUAUUUAAAGACACUGUAAAAUUUAAUUCUGCCUCUCUUUCAGCAUUGCUUUUCACAACUAUUACCUUGUUCUGAAAAAAUUAUAUAGACUCCCGCUGCUACAUUAGAGCAUAUGUGAUGCUCUUCUGGGACCUCAGUUUCUGCCUUCUUGACUGGUUUCUCUCAAUCAGUGCUCUCCCUCUUCAAGUCAUGCAGAAGAAUGUGGAUAAUCUUAGGCGUGAAUGUAAAUGCCUUAAUAUUGAAGGUCCUGCUUAGAAGCAUGAUAUAAGACAUCCACUGGAUUUAUAUUUGCAAAUAUCCUGGAAUGUUAUAGCUUCAAAAUAUGUUUUAAAAAACCCCAAAGAUGGUAUAAUCUUUAAGUGUGCAUCUUUGUUCAUUUUUGCAUCUUUCCUCCAAACUUGCCUUUUCAUCUCAAAUUUUAUACUAUGCACACUUCUGCUUCUCUUAGUUUCAUCUUGUUAUUAUGAGAAACUUAGUGACAUAAUCAUUGGAAUAUUUGCAUUUUGCACAAUGACUGGUGUGAUAGCUCUUGACAAAUAAGGAAAGCACUGAAAUGUUGUGACUGGGCCUGGGGAAGUGCUCAGAUUGAUAUAUUAUCAGCAUUUCUUCUGGGUUUUUGGUAGUGAGCUGUAGUCGUGUAGCCAUAAUAAGCAAAUGGACUAAAAUUAAACAAGGGUUUCUUGGGGUUAUUAACCAGUAGUGUGGAAAUAUUAUUUCCAUGUGGCUGAGGAAGAACAAAGGCUUUUGUUUUUAAAAGUUUGUGGUUUUUGGAAGAACAGAAAAACAUCUUGUCUACAUCCUUUGGCCAAGUGUCGGAUAACAUUGUCUUUAUGAUACUGAAAUUUUACAGCUGCUGUAAAUUUUUGAUAAACUGAUAAGAAAAUAAUAUAGGAAUAUAAGUUGUUUUUCUACAUCCUCAUUAUUUGGGCUUAAAAUCAAUUUUUAAUAAGAAAGUUAUCUUUAUUCUUCAUGACAUUACGAUUCCAGAAAAGGAAAAAAAAUCAGUGAUAUAAGUUCAUGGAAUCAAUGAUCUGGACUUAGAGUCCCCUAGUAAGAAAUGCUGCCAAGAAUGUGGCAGUAAAUGUGCUAACAUGCCCCAGGUGUCUUCACCAUCUUAAGAAUCCUGGGUUCCAGAUGAGAGGCUGGAACAAAUUGGUCUUACUCCUUUCUAGAAAUGAUUAAUAGUGAAGGAAAAAAAAAAAAAAAAGGAAUGUCUAACUAUCAGAUUUAUUUAUUAUUAUUUUAA